CUUUCUGUAUGGGCCGUUGUCUGCAUGUGGUGUGGGCACGCAAGCUCAUGGGAAGCUUCGAGACACAAUGGAGGCAAUAGUUGUACGGUGUUUAUCGCUGCCGGUUCACCGGCCUCCGCGGUGGACGAGGAUAUAACAUAGAAUACUUGCAUAUAGAGAGACGUGGCUGUCAUGGCGUUCCUGUGUCCCAGCAGGCUGGGUGGCGGCAAGGAGAAGAGGAAAAAGAAAGAGCGGGAGCCACUAUUUGGUCGGAUCACUGGUAGUGAUAGCGUUGACACCUUGGUGAGAGUUGGCAUGGAGAAGCAGCAUGGACUCUGUCCAGAAUCCAAGAUGGUGGCUGUUCAGGGUUUCACAGCGUGUGCAGACAGAGAGCUCAGCCUCGACCUGGGUCAAGCAGUUUAUGUGUUGUACAAGGAAAAUGGCUGGGCGUAUGUCCUCACAGAAGAUAACAGAGAGGGUUUUGUUCCCUUGUCCUAUAUAGCUGCUUGUGGUGGUUCCAGAGCUGGUAGAGCCAUCUCUCCGCCAUUGCAUGAUGUACCAGAGCUUCUGGAAACAAGGGAAACGGACCCUUUGUCUCUUGUAGUAGAGUCCGAGUGUCUGUCUCGAAAUACCAUUUUCGUUUACCGAAAGCAGUCGUAUGGCCGCUACGUUGUGGUGUUCGACUUCGAUACCAGCGAAGAGAAUGACUUGAGCGUCGAACGUUGUGAGCUUGUCACCGUGAUUAACAUGGAGGAUCCCGACUGGUACUGGGUCGUCAGAAGCACAGGGGAAGAGGGAUUCGUGCCAAGAUCCUACCUCUGUCCUUUCCCAGCCGACCUUGCCUUCAAAGAAGAAAUACCAGGCACUAUGUCAGCAGCAUCUUCUCAUUCUUGGGAUUGACCGGUUGUGUAUCACAAUGACAUGUAUAAGUGAAAUGUUGAAUAAUUACACAUUAAAAACAAUAAAAAAAUGUAUUCAUAUGAUUUGUUUUCACAUAAGUGUUGAUCUACUUGUAACUGUUUAACCUCGGACAUUUCAUGUUUGUACAUGUACUUUAUUGUUCUAUGUGUUACACUUAACUUCGUACAUGAUUGCUUAUCCACCUGGAAUAUCUGUAUUAUAUCCAUUCAAUCAUUUCAUGGUGAGACACUUUGCGUAUCAUACCAUGGCGGUAGAAACAGAAGAGAAACGGAUAAAAGAGGUUCCGGAAAACACACAAGUAGCGCCUAAAAUGUUUCAGGGUAAUAGAUUCGUUAAACGGUCAUUUGCCAGGUAGAAUGGCAUUCGGCCUAAGAAAAUACGGAUUCAACUAAUAGUGACACUUAUGGAAUCUCUCUUCAAACGGUGACUUAAGGGUAUUUACAUCCAAGAGUGGACUAUCUAAAACCUUAUGUUAUAAAUCCUUGUUAGAGCCACAGGGGCGUGUCACGCUUGGAAAAUGCGUUAGAAAGACAUAUAGGUAUAUAGACCCUACCCUAGUACUAUACCUUUUAUAUAGUACUAGGGCAGGGUCUAUAUACCUAUGUGUCUUUCUAACGCAUUUUCUAAGCGUGACACGCCCCUGUGCCUCCGGGGUCUUCCUGAUUUGCCACCUCCUAUUGUUGAAAUUAGGUCGUGCAGUCAGGUGUGGUAAUUGGUAGAACAAUAGGACUAGGUGGGGGUCAUCUCAACAUUUAUUUUUAAACGUAUAUAUUAAAACACAUCAACCAUGACUUAACAUACCAUGACUGAAUAUGCUUUCAAUAUAACAUAUUUUCACAUGAUGCUUUUAACUUACUUAUAACAUGUCAAAUUAUUGUUAUACACAGAGCAUCCUCGAUAAUCUCCAGGGUAUACGUUACGAUCACUCUCCACUAUACCCUGAAUGCAUCCACGGUUUGGCCCAAUGAUUUUGUUACCUCCCUUGGCUGGCU